AUGGCAGGCAGUUCCACAGCAAAAAACAAACGUCAGGAAGAAAAGUACGUUCAAAUGAUUCGUGAUUUGGCAUCAUUACCAUUGAAUAAACAAUGUUUUGAUUGUAAUUCAAAAGGACCAACCUAUGUCGAUGUAACUGUUGGCAGUUUCGUUUGUACAGCAUGCAGUGGUCUUUUACGAGGACUAAACCCUCCGCAUCGUGUCAAAUCAAUUAAUAUGUCAACAUUUACUCAGGAUGAAGUUGAAUUUAUGAAAUCUCGUGGCAAUCAGUUGAAUAAAAUGGUAUAUCUUGGUUUAUAUGAUGCCAAUGCUGGAUUUUCACCGGAUCCGAAAGAUACGGAACGCUUUAAAGAAUUUCUCUCUCAAAAAUAUGAAAGAAAACGAUGGUAUGUCGAACCAACCGAUGCAAUGAAACAAAAGGUAAAAGCUGAAACCGAAGCCAAUCUCGAUAAAGCAACACCAGCUGCAAAUAAUACUAAAUCUUCAUCAAAUAUUCCGCAUGCACAUACAAUAACAAAUACAAUCAAAUCGCCACCUGAACCAGCAUCAACCGUGCCAACAAACACUGCACGGACAAAUCGUGUUCCAUCAGUCACAUCAACUCAACCACCGAUGCUGGUAUUUGAUGUGCCAAUUACUACUCCUGCAAACACCAUAUCUCCAACAUCACUGUUCGACGAUUUCUUGCAAUCUUCGAUAUCACCGGUAGCUAAUACAUCACCGACCAAGAACUUCUUUCCUGAACACCCAUUUCCUCAAACAAAUACAACAUCAUCCAAUGAUACGAACUGGGGAGCAUUUGUGGAAACAACUAAUCAUCCAACAACAAUGGUUAAUAACACACCUGCAACAAAUACGAUGUCAAUGCCGGCCAAUAACUUCGCUCAUCCACCACCGGAACCAGCGGAUAAAUAUGCUGCACUUUCAGAAUUAUUCAGCUCACAAAAUACUUUACAAGAUCAACAGUCUUCAAUUUUCGGAAACACAGCGAAUGGUGGUUAUCGAACGUCGUCUUCAUCGGGUCCAAAUAAUUCUCUAUUUGGUAAUACGACUUAUUCAUCUACUCCACAAAUAUCUUCGUCCUCCACAAGUACACUCCCAACAUUUCCUCUUCAGCAACCGCAACAAGCCAAUAUAUUUUCGUCUCAACAAUUUCCACCACAAUUUCCUCCUCCUUCAAAUCCAUUUGGUCAACCAUCAUUCGCAACCAAUUCAUCAAAUUUCUUUGCUAUGCCACCUACUAAUCAGCCGAAUCCAUUUCUGAAUAUUGCUCAACAACAACAACCAGCAGCUCAACAGUUACCCAAUCAAUUCGGCAAGCCACGGGCUAAUUCAACUAACCCAUUUCUUUAA